UAGUGCAGGAUGAGAUCAGAUGAGAAUGUUUCCAAUCACAAAAUGGAAAAUGAAAAGAUCAAAUUUCCGGUUGGUUUUCGAUUCUAUCCGACCGAUGAAGAGCUUAUAAAUCAUUACCUUAUCAAGAAGGUUGAUGACAAUAGCUUCUGUGCUAUAGCUAUUGCUGAAGUUGAUAUGAAUAAGUGUGAACCAUGGGAUUUACCAGAGAUGGCUAAAAUGGGAGAAACAAAAUGGUAUUUUUUCUGCGUGAGGGAGAGAAAAUACCCAACUGGUCGAAGGACCAAUAGAGCUACUAAUGCUGGCUAUUGGAAAGCAACGGGCAAAGACAAAGAGAUUUUCAAGGGAAAUGCAUUAAUUGGGAUGAAAAAAACAUUGGUUUUCUACAUAGGAAGAGCUCCGAGUGGUGAAAAAACCAAUUGGGUCAUGCAUGAAUACCGAUUGAAGGGUAACACACUCUCUGAGCACAACCCAUCCACAAAUGGAAUGAGUGAAUGGGUUCUCAGUAGAGUCUUUGAGAAGAAAAAUUGUGCAAAGAAAAAGGAUGUUUCAAAACAUGGAAGGUUUAACUCCUCUAGAGAAGGACCAUCAAAUACUAAUGAAUCUCUAUUGCCUCAAUUAUUGGAUUCUUCUCCAUACAAUAGUGAAAACCAAACCACUCUUUCUGAUUUCUCUCAAAACAAGGUGAAACCAAAAUCACAAGAUGACAACAUUGUUCAUAACAAUGAAACUAGUAUCUUGAACAUUUCAUCCUCUUCAAAACAAAUGGAUGUUUAUCCUUUAGCUGAAGUAAUAGCUGCUGAUUUGAACCAAACCUCAAUGGUCGGAAAUUCGUCAAACUUUUUCUUCUCUCAAGACCAAUCGCUGUUGAGGAUGCAGUUGGAGAAUGAGAAUAUUGGAACAACCUCAAACCAAAGCAUAAACCAAGAGUUUUCUUUUGGGAGAUAUUCUGAUGAUGAUAUCUCAUCUGUGGUAUAUGGAAAUGGCAUGCUUCAAAGGUGGUUUGGGAAUCAAGAACUGUCAUCAGCUUCUACUGGACAUGUGGUCAAUGAUAGCUUGAAGAAUUUCUGAUUACAAACAAAAUUUCAUGUUGGUAGUGUGUCUGCAUGUUCAUUUAUCUAUUGUGUUUUGUGGUAUACAUAUUUUAUAAGGUGUAUUGUAUCUAUUUUAUCCGAACUUAUCUAAAUUUCAGUUGUAAUAUAUAUUACCAUCAUUGACAUGCACCCGCAAUUAAAAGAUAAUU